GAGAGAGAGAGAGUGCAGUUUAGAGAGAGAAAGAGAUGGCAGGUGUGAAUGGAAGUGGUGCUGCUGUGUGCAAGGAGCCUUCAUUGAGGGGAAGUAAUCGCAUAGUCUCUCUUGAAAUAAAGGAACCCAGCUCCCCUGAUAGGCACCGCCUCGCACCAGAGCAAAAGGAACCAGGAUGGAGAAAGUUUUUGGCAUACAUUGGGCCUGGUUUUCUUGUCUCACUGGCCUAUCUUGAUCCCGGCAACUUGGAGACGGAUCUUCAAGCAGGAGCAAGUUACCAGUACGAGCUGCUAUGGGUGGUGCUUAUUGGUCUCAUCUUUGCUCUCAUAAUUCAGUCAUUUGCAGCAAACCUGGGAGUCACUACAGGAAAGCAUUUGGCAGAGCACUGCAAGCAAGAGUACCCAAAAUUUGUGAAUUACUGCCUUUGGAUACUAGCCGAAGUGGCUGUGAUUGCAGCUGAUAUCCCCGAAGUUAUUGGCACGGCUUUUGCUCUCAAUAUCCUUUUUCAUAUUCCAUUAUGGGUUGGAGUUCUCAUUACUGGUCUCAGUACCCUCCUCCUACUCGGCCUGCAAAGAUAUGGGGUUCGAAAGCUGGAGCUUUUGAUAGCAUCUUUGGUUUUUUUAAUGGCUGCUUGCUACUUUGGGGAGAUGGCGUAUGCACAGCCCAAGGCAUCAGAAGUAUUGAAGGGAAUGUUCAUUCCUAAGCUUAGUGGUAGUGGUGCGACCGGUGCUGCCAUCGCGCUCAUUGGGGCUCUUGUUAUGCCGCAUAAUUUGUUUCUGCACUCGGCGCUUGUCUUAUCAAGGAAGGUCCCCCAGUCCGUUCAUGGGAUAAAUAGUGCAUGCAGAUACUUCUUGAUUGAGAGUGGGUUUGCACUUUUCGUAGCUUUUCUGAUCAAUGUUGCGGUGGUGUCGGUUUCUGGUACCGUGUGCUCAAUGUCUAACAUCUCCCUUGAGGACAAAUCUAGAUGUGACAACCUUGAUCUGAGCAGUGCAUCCUUCUUGCUCAAGAAUGUUCUAGGUAGUUCCAGUUCCACAGUGUAUGCAAUAGCUUUAUUAGCCUCAGGGCAGAGCUCUACGAUUACAGGAACCUACGCUGGUCAGUAUAUCAUGCAGGGGUUCUUGGAACUUCGAAUGAAGAAAUGGAUGAGAAAUCUGAUGACAAGGUGUAUUGCCAUUACCCCAAGUUUAGUGGUUGCCAUUAUUGGAGGAUCCUCAGGUGCCGGCAGGCUCAUUAUAAUUGCUUCGAUGAUACUCUCUUUUGAGCUGCCAUUUGCCCUCAUCCCACUUCUCAAGUUCAGCAGCGGCCGAACAAAAAUGGGUCCCUACAAGAAUUCCAUCUAUAUCAUAAUCGUGACAUGGGUACUAGGGUUUGGCAUAAUUGGAAUUAAUAUUUAUUACUUAAGCACUGGCUUUGUUGGCUGGUUAAUCCACAACCAGUUGCCCAAGUUUGCAUCAGUUUUAAUAGGGAUCAUAGUUUUUCCUCUAAUGGCUGCCUAUAUUAUAGCAGUGAUCUACCUAACCCUAAGAAAGGACAGGGUGGUCACUUUUGUAGAAGCCCAAGAAACCCUAGACGAAACCCAUUUGGAGAAAGGCGAAGAAGGCAACAAAGAAGAAGAAAAGAAAGAUAUCCCCUAUAGAGAGGACCUUGCAGAUAUCCCAUUGCCUGAGUAACAUGUACCUCUUCUAAUAUGUCUUUUAUUUCGUGAAUCAAGUGCCCUAACCGGGGGAAAGAGGAAGAGAUAAUAGUAGUAAUGCUUCUAUGAAUGAUGCAAUCACAUGAGCACAAGAAAUGUAAAUUUUAGUUUUUGAG